CUACUGUAUUUGACAUAAAAAAGAAACGUGAUGCUAUCAGAAAGUAUGCGUCCAACUGUGUGCAGAAACCAGAAAAAAGGCAGAUCUCAUGGUCUAGGAAAACAUCCGGAUAUGGAGAAGGCCUUAAUGACUUGGUUUGUUCAACAGAGAAACCAGAAUAUUCCUAUAUCAAUCGAAAUGAUUCAACACAAAGCAAAAUAUUUUUAUAAUCAAAUAACUGGCAAAAAUGAUUUUGGGGCAAGUUUGGGGUGGAUUUCAAAUUUUAAAGCACGACAUGGUAUAAGGAAAUUAAAAAUUUGUGGUGAAAAAGUAAGCAGUGAUGUUUCUGCAGUGGAACCAUUCAGGCAAAAAUUAAAAUCUAUUAUAGAAGAAAUGGACCUAGACCAUGACCAGAUUUAUAAUGCAGAUGAAUCGGCAGCCUUUUGGGAAGUUAUUCCUGCAAAUACAUUGGCGCACUCGCAAGAAAAAUCUGCAUCUGGUCGAAAAAUUUCAAAGGAUCGCGUAACUUUAUGCCUUGUUGCAAUGCAUCUGGCACACAUAAGCUACUCCUUUUGGUAAUAGGCAAAUCAACUAAUCCACGAUCAUUUAAAAAUUGCAAUGUGCCUGUAACUUAUAAAGCAACUAAAAAAGGUUGGAUGUCAACGUUCUUAUUUACUGAAUGGUACAGGAAAUAUUUUAUACCGGAUGUAAAAAAAAUUUUGCAAGACAAUAAUAGACCAUUAAAAGCUAUUUUACUAAUCGACAAUGCUCCAUGCCACCCAAGAUCAGAAGAUAUUGACAUAUACACUAAUUUUCGAAUUGUCUUUCUUCCACCCAAUUGGACAGCAAUCAUACAGCCUUUAGAUCAAAAUUUAAUUCAAAAUGUUAAAGUGUCUUACAGAAAAGAACUUUUGAAUUAUCUUCCAAUUGAUAAUACAGAUAUUGGAAUUGCAUUAAAAAACUUUACGCUACGAAAUUGCGUCACACUUUUAAACAAUGCGUGGUUAGGUAUAUCACAACAGAAUAUUGUUCGCAGUUGGAACCAGUUGUUGUGUACUGACCGACAAGAAUGGAUGGAGGAAGAUUUGAUACUUCUGGCUCAACUUACAGCCGCUAAUUCAGAAAUGAAUGAAAUUCAUACCAUCAUCGCUUCGAUAAAUCUGGACGCUCAAGUUGAUACUCAAACCAUAAAUGACUGGGCCACUGGAAGAGAUGAAUUCGAAUACGACUUUUCUGAUCGGAAAAUUGUGCAGUCUGUGUUAGAAAACGAUAAUA